UGUCGCGCGGCGGCGGGCGAUGAGCGGCAGUGCCGAGGCCGACCCCGCGGCCGCGGCCCCGGCCGCCCCGGCGCCGCCCGCGCCCGUCCCCGCCGCCGACAACAAGCCCAGCCCGGCCGCCGUCGGCAGCGGCGUUCCCGGGGCGGCCCCGGGCGCGGUGGGCGGCGCGGCGCGGGGAGCCGAGGGCGGCGCGGCUGGCGGCAGGGGCCCCGUGCCUGUCUCCGCAGCGGUGGCUGCAGCUCCCCCGGAGGGGGCUAUGUCCAACGGGGUCUACGUGCCACCCAGCGCGGCCAAUGGGGACGUGAAGCCGGUGGUCUCUACGACGCCGCUGGUGGACUUCCUCAUGCAGCUGGAGGAUUACACGCCCACGAUCCCCGAUGCUGUCACGGGCUAUUACCUCAACAGAGCGGGAUUCGAGGCCUCUGAUCCACGCAUCAUUCGUUUGAUCUCUCUGGCCGCACAGAAGUUUAUUUCUGACAUUGCCAACGAUGCGCUGCAGCACUGCAAGAUGAAGGGAACAGCCUCGGGCAGCUCCCGCAAUAAGAGCAAGGAACGCGUGAGUAGCUGCACGUCAUCAGACGGAGGGCCAUCUAGCCCUGCGUCCUCCCUCUGACAGCGACCAAAACUCUGAUGCUUGGGGAAGAGCAUAAACGGGGAGUGAGCGUGUAGCGGUAGUUUCUGGGAAUUCUCCCAGUCAUCAUCCGUUUGUGGUUCGGGGGCCUCGUGAGGGUGAUGUUAUUUAUCUUUAUAGCACUGAGUAAUGCUCAACGUCUUUCUGUCCCUUGAGCAGCUGUGGGCACAGAGCAAACGAAAUGUGCGGUACCUAAGAGCUGGUUAAUGCCCCAAACACUGGCCUGCAGCUGCUUCUGGGAGUUGUGCACAUAUGGGUCACCACAGCUUGUAGGGGAAAAAUCCUUAAACCCCCAAGGUUUUGAGGAAUGCCUGGCAGCUUAGCUCGUCCUUGCUGUGACUGACACUACUCCUUGUCC